UCCUCGCGCUGCCGGAGCCGCCUCAGUGCGGGCGGCGCGGGCGGACCCGCUGGAUCAUGGCUGAGCAGCGGCAGGAUAAGGGGGCGCUGAUAAGCGAGACCCGGCGGCGUUUCGAGGCGGAGUACCUGCCAGAUAAAUCAGAUAAAUAUGAUUCUAGAGAUGUGGAGAGACUUCAGCAAGAUGAUAAAUGGGUUGAGAACUACUUGAUUUGGCGUCAUGAUGUUGUGGAUGAUACAUUAAAGAUGAUUGAUGAAAGCUUUCAGUGGAGGAAGGAAUACACAGUUAAUGACUUAUCAGAAUCUGUCCUUCCAAAAUGGUUAUUUGAAAUUGGUGCCCUCUUUCUGCAUGGAUAUGAUAAAGAGGGCUAUAAGUUAUUUUGGUUCAAAGUGAAGCAUCAUACAAGAGAUCCUAAACAGCAACUUGACAAAAAGAAACUGGUGGCUUUUUGGUUAGAACACUAUGCAAAGAGAGAUCAUGGAAAGCCCUUGACAGUGGUAUUUGACAUGGCUGAAACUGGAAUCAGUCACAUAGACUUGGAUUUUGUCCGGUUUAUUGUCAACUGUUUUACAGAUUAUUACCCAAAUUUUCUCACAAAGAUAGUAAUAUUUGAAAUGCCAUGGAUAAUGAAUGCUGCUUUUAAAAUCGUGAAGGGUUGGCUUGGCCCAGAUGCAAUAAGCAUGUUAAAGUUCACAAACAAGAAUGAUGUGCAGGAAUACAUCAGUGCAGAGUAUCUGCCACCUCACAUGGGUGGAACUGAUUCUUUCAAGUACAGUUAUCCUCCUUUGGUUGAUGAUGAUUUUCAAACUCCUUUAUGUGAAAAUGGGCCCAUUACAAGUGAAGAUGAGCAUGAAAGUAAAGAAGAGAUAGAUGCAGACACCAAGGAGACUGGGGAGCUGAAUGAAGCACAAAACCUUAAUCAGAAAAAGAUGAAUUCUAUAGAACAAAUUUCCAAAUCAGAGGAAACUGACAAAACAGAGGUCAAACCAAAAAAUGCAAAGAAAGCAUUAACUACUUUUAAAGGACCUUUAUUACAUAUCAGCCCAGCAGAAGAGCUAUAUUUUGGAUCCAAAGAAACUGGAGAGAAAAAAUGUUUGAUAGUUCUCACAAACAUCACUAAAAAUGUAGUGGCUUUUAAAGUGAGAACAACUGCACCAGAAAAAUACAGGGUUAAACCCAGUAACAGCAGCUGUGAACCUGGCACCUCAUUAGAUAUAAUAGUUUCUCUUCAUGGUGGUUUUGCAGCUUCUUUGCAGGAUCGUUUCCUUAUAAUGGCAGCAGAAAUGGACCAGUCCUCUGGAGCAGGUGUGCCAGAACUGACUCAGUUUUGGAAAGAAGUCCCUAGGACCAAAGUGAUGGAACAUAGGCUCAGGUGUCACGUCAUAGAAAGUAGUAAGCCCUCUUCUCUGACAUUAAAAGACAAUGCAUUUAAUAUUCCAGCAAAAACUAAUGAAGAUUUACAUAUACAGCUAACUCAUUUACUGCAGAUUAAUAAAAGACUUGAGGAGCAGAUGAAUCGCUGCCUCUGGUUCCAGCAGCUGUCAGUUGUUUUAUCACUGCUAUCAGUUACUGUUGCUGCCUUCUGUUUCUACCUGGCCUAUGCCCAGAGAAGCUAAAAAGAAUUGCUGUGCCCUGGAUGUGCUGCUGCCUGUCAUGGCUCCUUGGAGUCAAAAAGAUUGCAGUGCUGCACUUGGAUUCUGGAACUGCCAAAAUGAGGUUUGUGAGCCUACAGCAAUGAACAAGGAACAGUUUACUGGGGAAAAAAAGAUGGAAGAAAUGAAUGACCAGCCAACAAAAUUACUGAAAUUAUUGUCUAAGUUGACUCUUACAAUAGGGCAUGAGGAAGAUGUUAAAGUUAGGACCUAUUUUCACUGUACAACUCAAUAAAAACUACUGAAUGGAAGGAGGAAACCAAAUACAACAUUAUUUAAGACUGCUGUGCUUUUUUUUUUCUUCUAUUCAAGUACUUAAAAUAUAAUAUUUCAUUUCUUUUCAUCAUAUUCAUUCUUACAUUCUGAAUCACUCCCAUAGAA